AUGGCUGGUACGGAAGAGCACGAAAAAGAAGCUGACCCUCCUCCGCCACCGCCUCCACCCGCGCACGAUCCCGAUGAUGAUAGUGACGACGACGACGACGACGACGAUGAACCGCAUCGCCACUACGACGAUGAUGAUCCGUUUGGUGGAUUCGGGGGUCCUCCAGGUUCAGGUCUUUCGAGUACCCUGCGAGCCUUGACGGGCAUGAUGUCGGGAAUGCCUUCGAGAUUAAGAGAGCUCCUGAACAAUCUAAGGAUGAAAGAGGACCCCUCGAUGCAGAUGAUCGCUCUGCAGGAGCUGUCCGAGAUUCUCCUGGUAUCCAAUGAGGACAACCUGGCUGGGCACUUCUCCCCGGACUCCUUCGUCAAGGAGCUCGUUGUGUUAAUGCAGCCGAACGAGAUUACAGGAGAAGAGAACCCAGACAUGAUGCUUAUCGCCUGCAGAUGCCUUGCAAACCUCAUGGAGGCUCUACCAGCUAGUGCGGCCAACGUUGUUUACGGUGGCGCAGUGCCUGUUCUCUGCCAGAAGCUACUUGAAAUCCAAUUCAUCGAUCUCGCCGAGCAGUCCCUAAGUACUCUGGAGAAGAUAUCGGUCGAUUACCCGACCAGCAUUGUCCGUGAGGGUGGCCUCACAGCCUGUCUAUCCUACUUAGAUUUCUUUGCUACGAGCACACAACGGACGGCUGUAACGACAGCUGCCAAUUGCUGCCGGAACAUCCCUGAGGAUUCGUUCCCUGUGAUCAAAGACGUCAUGCCCAUUCUACUCAAUGUUCUGGGUAGCAACGAUCAGAGAGUCGUGGAGCAGGCUUCUCUAUGCGUCACGCGCAUCAUUGAGAGCUUCAAGUACCAGUCUAGCAAGUUGGAGGAACUUGUCAGUGUGGAUCUCCUCAAGGCUAUUCUGCGUCUCCUAGUUCCUGGCACCACAAACCUCAUUCGCGCCAACAUUCACACCCAAUUCUUACGUGUUCUGGCCAUCACAGCACGUGCCAGCCCGCGACUGUCUGCCGAGCUGUUCAAGUUGAAUGUGGUCGAGACACUAUACCAAAUUCUCACAGGAGUCUCUCCGCCGGAUGAGACGGAGGACGUGGCCUCGAAGCUCGACAGUGUCGUGAUAAUGCAAGCUCUUAUCCAUCGUCCUCGGGACCAAAUUAUCGAGACUCUUAACGUCGUCUGCGAAUUGCUCCCGGGUCUUAAGUGGAUUGACCUUUCAACCCCACAGAUCCCAACUGGUCUCGACGUGUCAGAGCCUAUCACUCCCUCCUCCGUGGGCGGUCCGCGGAAGAAGUCCUCUAAUGAGAAACGACUGGAAUUUCUCGACGAGUGCAAGGAUCAGGUCCGACGCUUCGCCCUCAUCCUCUUCCCUACCCUAACCGAUGCCUUCUCCAGCACUGUGAACCUCAGUGUGCGCCAAAAGGUUCUUACCGCCCAGUUGAAGAUGCUCUCCAACCUCGACAAAGAUAUUCUUGUCGAUGCGCUCAAGUCUGUCCCCUACGCCUCGUUCUUGGCUGCUAUUCUGUCCCAGCAAGAUCACCCGUCUCUAGUGAUGUCAGCCAUCCAGACAACCGAACUUCUCCUCACUCGCUUAGAUGACAUCUAUCGGUAUCAGAUUUACCGUGAGGGUGUGAUAUCUGAGAUUGCGAAAUUGGCUGAGGAUCAGGAAACUGCUGAGCCGAAAGGAGCUGAGACCACGCCUAUGGAGUCCAACACGGAACCGAGCAUGGGUUCUGCAGACGGUGGCGGAAGUGACAGAGUCUCCAUCCACAAUGACUCAGAGGAGGAGGAAGAGGAUGAUGAAGAUGAAGAAGACAACGACGAUGAGGACCAUGAGAAUGAUCACCAUGACGACGACAUGUCAGGGUCGCCCGUCAGCUCUGACGGCUCGACCAUGUCUCUCGACGGCCCACCACGAACGUUCCUCGCUGACAUUCCCUCCAUUAAGUCGAGGAUCGCCGAGGUUGCAAAGAAAUUCCUCGAGGCACACGAGACAGAAAAGCAAGGAAAGAGUAUGAAGAAAAAAGCUUUAAAAAUCUUGACCGAUCUUCAAUCCCUCGCAUCAGACAUAGAAUCGUUCUAUCUUCAGCGAACUGCCAAGAACCUUGCUCCAGAGCAAGGUACUGCACUUUUCGAGAGGCUCUCAGCUUACUUCGACGCCGAUGUUUUGGAGAGCGUUACAAGCGCAGAACUCCUCGCAUCAGGAUUAGUUCGCGUUCUCGAAGAAGUCUUCAGUAACCCUGACGAAGCUCUCGCGAAUGCCGCUAGAUCCGCGUUCCUGGAGGUCUUUAUGGGCCGAUCUGUGAAGUCCAGGCCGAAGACCACCUCGGCUGAUUCACCUGCGACGCCUUUCAGUGUCAUGGUCCACAAGAUGCAGGAUCUCCUCAGUCGAUCGGAGCACUUCGAGGUGUUGACGGUGCAUCAGAACACUUUCGACGGGAAUCGCAGCAGCGCCGCAUCUAUGCUGGCGAAACAAAUCCGUCUCAAGCUAGUGGCUGACGAUGAUUCGGACAUUCCACGUUCGUACCGCAAUAUUAUGGUCUCGAUUCACGCUAUAGCAACAUUCAAGGCUCUCGAUGAUUACCUGCGCCCCAGGAUCAGUCUUCAUGAGCGACCUCGCGGGCCACGACCCCGUGACGGACUCUCUAGAGCGCUAGCUGCCAUGGCUGGUUCGGCGGGACUUCCCCCGGAACGUCUUGCUGAACGAUUGGGUUACUCUUCUACACCAGCUCCGCCGCCGCCUGUUCCUGCCCAGUCCUCGAGCUCACGGCCUGCCAAAAAGCCUAGGCCCAAGUCCUCGGGCCAAACUGACGCUCCCGCAACUCCCAAUCCACCUGCGGGAUCAGCGCGGGAGAAGGUGAGUCUCCGCAGAUCGACUCGUCGUAACCCGGCACCUCCGAGCGAGUCUCAAGCACCACCCCCGCCACCACCACCGGAAGAAGAAGAUGACUUGCAAAAUGCGCUAGAGUGUGCAGAUGAGAAGCAACUGUCUGACGACGAUGAGGAUGAGGUCCCUGACAGCAGUGCUUUGGAUGCCAUCGUUGGGGAUCUUGAUGAAGAUAUGGAAGACGCCCCAGUUCCGGACCCAUCUGCAGUCAAUCUCGAAGUUGCCGCCGGUGGGAAGAUCACGGCUAGGAAAGAAGAUGGAACACGAAUACCUACCCCGUCACAGUCGGGGCUUGGUAAUGUUCCCAAUCGUUCCGUGGCGCACCCUCCCUCUGGAUUAUCGCAGCAGAGCACACCCACGCCGGCCAUGGCGCCUUCCCGGCCGCUCUCGUACGCUGCUGCUAUCCAGGCCGUACCGCAAGACUGGCAUAUUGAGUUCAGCCUAGACACCCGAGUCAUCCCUAAUGAAACUACCAUCUACCGGGCUGUUCAUCGCACUUCUCCGCCAGCAGACGAGCACUUCAGCCGAAGCGUCUGGUCUGCCGUGCAUGCUAUCAAGUUCCGCCGUGUGCCGGGACCACCUCCAGCCGAGCCUAUUGGGUUCGCUACCAGUACAGACGAGUCUACCGAUAUCAAUGGGACGCCUGCGUCUCUCGCCAAUAAUCCGACCACGGCUUCUAUCCUGCGGCUUCUUAAAAUGCUGCACGACCUUAAUGCUAACAUCGAUGACAUUUUGAUCGAGGAUAAAACAGCUCUCAGACUCAAUGUUGAGCCGCUGUCUCAGUUUGUCAACACGAAGUUGACUGCGAAGCUGAACCGCCAGCUUGAGGAACCAUUGAUCGUGGCGAGCAAUUGUCUGCCAGGUUGGAGUGAAGACCUUGCCAGACUUUAUCCGUUCCUCUUCCCCUUCGAGACGCGCCACUUGUUUCUUCAGUCCACGUCAUUCGGCUAUGCCCGGUCUAUGAGCCGGUGGCAAAAUGCCCAGCAGGAGGAGACAAGCCGGCGGGAUCGUAGGGACGAACGACCUUUCCUCGGCCGUCUUCAACGCCAGAAGGUCCGCAUCUCUCGAACCAAGAUUCUCGAAUCUGCUGUGAAGGUCAUGGAGCUCUAUGGCGCAUCACAGAGCAUUCUCGAGGUUGAGUACUUUGAAGAGGUGGGCACUGGUCUCGGACCUACCCUUGAGUUUUACUCGACCGUAUCAAAGGAAUUCUCAAAGAAGAAGCUGAAGUUGUGGCGUGAGAUGGACUCGAAUGACUCGGAGGUGUUCAUUUCAGGUCCCCACGGACUCUUCCCUAGACCAAUGGCCAAAGACGAUGUCAAUAGCGAGCGCAUCUUACAACUUUUCAAGAUGCUUGGAAAGUUUGUUGCUCGAUCCAUGAUUGACUCUCGCAUCAUCGAUUUGAACUUCAACCCCAUUUUCUUCCGAAUUGGAGAUGGCACCACUGGAGUUAAGCCCUCUCUCGGCGCGGUCAAGAUUGUUGAUGCUGGCCUGGCGAACUCCUUAAAGCACAUCAAGAAGUUUGCUUCAGCCAAGAAGGAGAUUGACGAGGACCCAAACCGAGAUGCUGCACAGAAGGUUGCCGACACUGAACAAAUUGUUAUUGAUAACAUAAAGAUAGAAGACCUUGCCCUGGAUUUCACGCUUCCUGGAUUCCCCGAUAUUGAGUUGAUCCCCAAUGGUUCGCACAGUCCAGUGACAAUCUACAAUGUUGACAUGUAUCUCGACAAGGUGGUCGACAUGACAUUGGGCAGCGGUGUCAAGCGUCAGGUGGAUGCUUUUCGUGCCGGCUUCUCCCAAGUCUUCCCGUACUCAGCGCUCAGCGCCUUUACGCCUGAUGAGCUAGUCGCCCUAUUUGGUCGUGUUGACGAGGACUGGUCCUUGGAAACUCUGAUGGACUCAAUCAAGGCCGAUCAUGGAUUUAACAUGGAUAGCAAGAGUGUCAAGAAUCUACUGCAGACAAUGAGCGAGCUCACGGCAGCCCAACGCCGAGACUUCCUGCAGUUCACCACAGGCAGCCCCAAGCUGCCUAUCGGAGGUUUCAAGAGCCUAACCCCGAUGUUCACUGUGGUCUGCAAGCCCAGUGAGCCUCCUUACACAUCUGACGACUAUCUCCCUAGCGUCAUGACUUGCGUCAACUACCUCAAGCUGCCUGACUACACGACCAUUGACAGCAUGAGACGACAACUAUUCACUGCCAUUAAAGAAGGCCAAGGUGCCUUCCACCUGUCCUAG